UCUUCUUCUUUGUUUGUUUUAAUUUAAUCAUGUCUCUCCUUCUCGGCGGCCACUCCCCGAAGCUCUUCAUUCGUAAACCGGUGUUGGCAAGAGCCUCUGCUGGCGGCUCAUCUCCCCUAGUGCAAACCCCUCCUUAUGUCGUCGCAAGCACCGAUCCUUGUGGGCCGGGUCAUGUAUUACUCGAUUAUGCAUAUUUUAUUAAUGAUGCUCCUUUAUUGAUAAAAAAGGCACCUGUCGAGUUGGUGUAUAACGAUGCAGCGGUAACAACAAUCGGGUCCUCUCAUGGCUGGGUAGCCUCUUUGAUGCAUGACGUUGGCACUCUGCGUCUCAAUGAUGAUCUAAACCCCGUUGCAUCUGAUUUGCAUCCAAAACGCAUCUCGCUGCCUCCUCUUGUAACUUUGCCUCAUUGCCAAACCCAAAUCAUCACCAACGUGUCCUUGUCCUCACUAUCUCCAGAGGAAGAAGAUUGUGUCGUGGCUGUCAAGUUCAUGGGACCCCAACUCAGCUUCUGCAGACCCUCUGCUGCUCAAGGCAACUCCAAGUGGUUCAACAUCAGGAUCGCAAACCCAAGCUUCUUCUCCUCCAGUGUCAUGUUUUCCAAGAAACAUAACAUGUUUUGCAUACCUGGAGCUGGAGGCAAACUCAUUGCAUCAUGGGAUGUCUGCAAAGACGAGCACACACCCGAGAUUCAGGUGUUGCGAUAUCAUAACCUUCCCGAGCUGAGCGUAGGCGAACGUGAGGUUAUGGAUACCUGUCUCACCACCCAACACUUGGUGGAAUCACAAUCCACAGGUGAAACCUUUUUGGUCAAGUGUUUCAGACAGGCCGUGGACGGUGGUGGUACCAGUUUGAAACCAAAAGCUGUAAUGGUGUUCAAACGUUUGGACGUGUCAACAAAACGAACAAGCUUUUAUGUUAAAUAUAGCCGCAGCCGACGCAGCACUAAUGUUUGA